UGCUUGCUGCUUGGUCGCUGCUAGUUUAACUAGUUCAUUUGACACAGGCUCAAGUUACAGUAAGCGUCGUGACGUCACGCGUCAUUGGAAAUAAAACAAAACAAAAGUUGUUUUUCUUGCAAACAGAUGUGGGACAACGCAUGAAUUGCGCGCUUUAAUUUGAAAUCGAGUGAGUUUCCCCCCCGCCAAAUGACGUCGUGAUGCGCAGUGGCCGCUGAACAAAGCUGCGCACAAAAAUUAUUCGGUUUGGCCUUCGUUGUUGCUGCUUUUGCAGCAUAGAGCAUUUUGCAAGCGGAUCAGGACAGCAGGAAACUCGGUGCACAAACGUCGUUAUCCAGUCCUGGUCUAGUGGCGACUGGCGACUGAGGUCAGCAGCAGAGUGCAACCUCUUUACAAUUGUCGCUACCAUGCAGCCACAUUUGUUGUUGAGCGUUUAGGAGAGGCGCAAACGGAGCGGAACGAGCGCGUGCAACAGUUGCGUUUGCGUUGCUCUUGCAACAUGGCAGCAGCAGCAACUGCAACCAAGUGUGGCAAGCCACAGGAUGCGGGUAACUUGACUCGCGAUGACUUUGAUGGCGGCCCGGUCAGCAUCGAUGAAGUGGAAACGGGUCUCUUCCUAGGCAAUCUGACGGCUGCCACGCACAUGGAGACGCUCAAAUCGUUCAAGAUCACGCACAUUCUGACGCUGGACUCGGUGCCGCUGCCACAGCACAUUGUGGACACCAGUUUCCUGACCACCAAAUACGUGCAGAUUGCUGACAUGCCUCGCGAGGACAUCUUACAGCAUCUGGAAGCCUGCGUGGAGUUCAUAGCCAACGCGCUGGAACAGCAACAGAAUGUGCUUGUGCAUUGUUAUUUCGGCGUCAGUCGCAGCUCCUCGGCGGUGAUUGCGUAUGUGAUGAAGGCGCAUCAGCUGGACUAUCAGGCUGCCUAUGAGAUGGUGCGUGCCAAGCGUCGCUUUGUCCAACCGAAUGCGGGAUUUGUGGCCCAGCUGAAGUUGUUUCGUCGCAUGGGCUACAAGAUUGAUCCCGGCUAUCAGCGCUAUAAAAUGCAUCGCUUGCGUUUGGCUGGCGAACAGAUGCGCAAAGCGAAAAUCUUGCCGCAAAGCUUUCACAACGUUGUGCGUCCCGAUCCGGACAUAACACGCGAGAAUCCCGAGCCAAUUGUGUUUCGUUGUCGACGCUGUCGCCGUGUCCUCGCCACCAAGUCGCAUGUGCUCGAGCAUCGGGCUCGCAAUGCGCCACCGCAGUCGCAACCGCAACCGCCGCCGCCAUCCACAGAUGCUCCGGCGACAGCAGAGGGAGCGGAACCUCCUCGUCUGCUCGAACAGCUGGCGGAACGCAUAAGAAAAACAUCGCUGGGUUCGCCCAGUCAUGACCAGACGUCGCAAUGCCGGAGUUUGCUCUUUGUGGAGCCCAUUGCCUGGAUGCAUCGCAUCAUGCUCAACACCCAGGGGCGACUCUAUUGUCCCAAAUGCGAACAGAAGCUGGGCAACUUUAGUUGGGUCAAUGCUUGUCAGUGUCCUUGCGGCGAGACAAUGACGCCCGCUUUCUAUCUGAUACCUUCCAAGGUGGAGCUCUCCAAGGCGGUGCAGAAUGUGCAGACGACGGUCUAAAUGAGGCAAGGAAAACGAGUAGGAAAACAAGAAAAUGAUCAAGAUUUCGACUGCAGCUGAAAAAGGGACGAAAGAAGCAUUUAGGAUAAGUGUGGAAGGAUUCAAGCAUGAAAAGGAGAAGCUUCAAUAAGUUGUAAAGAGCAAGUGAACCAGCCAUUUGAAGCGAGUUCCAAGGUUGUUAUUUAGUUAGAGCUCAGUAAAAGAAACAAAACUAGCUUCGAUUUGGCAGGCCAAACAAAUAUAGAGAGAAAAGCAGCAUAAGCAAUGUUAUGUUAAAUGAACGAAGAAUGUUAUAGUUAGCAAAUGAAAUUCGCUAAUGCUGAUAUAUAUGUAUAUGUAUAUGUAUUCCAUAUUGAAAUCGGUUUUAUGCUGUUUCCAUUUUGCAUUUUACAUUUGCAUCGCUUUUUUGCAUUACACACACCUAAAACAAAAUGAAAAAAUAUUGUAAUAACUAAUUAAUGAUUAUAAAUGUACUUUUUGGAAACGUAUUUUGCGCAUUGUUGUGUGUGGACCAGCAAAUGAAAUGGCCACAAAAACAUAAUAUUAUUAAUAUGAUAUCAUUUUGCAAACGUGCAAAACGAUUACACAAAACAAAACCAAAAAAGAAGCGAAAUCAAAAAGAAAAGAAAGCGAAAAACUGUAAAGAUUUUUGUCGGUGACAAUAUUUAAAGUUAAAAUUUUUGCAUUACGCUACUAUAAAUGUUGUACGUCGUUAUAUUGUUAAUAACAAACUCACACACACACACACACACACACAAAUUGUCCGCCAAUCUUAAUAAUUGUAUCAUAACAAAAAAAAAACUAAAAAAAGAAAAGAUAUUCAAAUAAUGUUUGUUCGCCAAUUUGACUAAGAUGUCAAGAUGAAUGUGCGCUCUCUCUUUCUUUCUCUCUGGCUUUCUCACUCACACACACACACACUUUGUCUCGCUUGCAGAAUUAUCGAAAUGUGCAUAGAAAAAACAAAAGAGCUUCCCGUUUAAAUCUAGUCAUUUAUAAGUAUAUAUAUAUAUUGUAUUAUAUCAAUUUGUGAUCUAAUUUUGAUAAGGACGCUCGAAGACCGAAAGUUUACUUUAAGCAACAAGCACCUGAAAACUGAAUAAGCUUUUGCACUAAUUGAAAUCGAUGCUAAUCGACUUCAAAUUGUUAUCGAUAAACCAUUAUUGUGGCAGGAGUGAGAGGGAGAGAGCAGAGGGAGACAACCUAUCGAUGUGCUUUUGAAUUA